AUGGCGUUGGUUGUGGAAGGUGCUUACUCAUGUCCUGCAAACUCCCCGAAACACCCCAUUCCAGGUCAAAAGGUAAAAAGCUUGUCGGAGCUGAAGAGCAUGAAACUGCACUGUUCCUCGCCGAAUCGCGAGCUCAUCGUCUACCCGAAAUGGUUGUGCUUCCACUCGGAAUCGCAGUACAAGAGCCCGCAAUUCGUCAAGUUUUUCAUCGAAAAUCGAGAGCCGCAUCCGAUCGCCUAUCUCAUCAAGGCCAGGGUAGGGUGAUCGCGCGAGAGUUGCGGAUGACAGGACAUUCCGAUGUUUGCAGGAGAAGAUCUUUCGGAUCGACGGGUCAGCCGGGAUUCUGGAGCCGGCCGAGCGUCGCAUCAUCAAACUCUUUCUGAUUUCGUCGGACGAGUGGCCGUUGGCGAUCAACGAGUACACCCAGAAACGGCUGAAAAUCGCCGUCGAGAGCCUCAAGAUUCCGGUUGAAAUCCAACCGAACACCGUCAAGGUUCGUGUGCCCACAGUGUCCUGAAUUGCUCGGAUCAUUUCAGGAAGCGUCUCAAAUGGCCAAAGCCAUCUGGAAGCGGGCGUUCAACGAGUGGCCGCUCGAGCGUCUCUACACAAAAGUCGGCGGCCCGGCUUUUCCUCUUCCAUCUUCUGUUUUCAGAUCAACGUCACUCUGAACGCGACUCCAGUUUCCGCUCCUCCGACGACCACAGUCACCACCAAAUUCGCUCUCUGA